UGGGGUUGUCAUUUGUAGGUAAAAUUCCGGUAUUUCUUCAACACGAUAUCUAAAUAUUAUUGUUAUAGAGAGGCGGUUUUACAAAGAGUGUACCGUUAUAAUGAAUGUCACUGCUGUUAUAGGUAGAAUGUUGUUAUAGAGAAGUAAAAUAUAACAUGAAAAAUCGGUUCCGGAGAAAAUCAGGCAGUUAUAGUGAAAUGUUGUUAUAACGAAUGACAAUUAUAGAGAGGUUUGAUCAGAAUAAAGAUAUUACCUUGUGAUUAAUUGAUAUUGUAACUACUAAUUGUUACCUUUUCAUCAAUUUCUUAACAGGCCCAAACUUUUUCUGUUGAAGGAUAAAUAUCAUUGCCGUGUGAAUUCCAGUUCCUUUACGUGCUUUUAUGCUCAGAGUAUGCGAAUUUGAAGUUGAAAUCACAUAUGGCAGCGGAACAAUAGUAGCAAGAGUGCCAGAGAAAUUGACUGAAAGAAUGCUCUCGAUGACAGCAGAGCAAGUAUAUGAAACUACUGUUAUCAAGAAGCAAUUAUUACCUGUUGAGCAUAUCAGGGAAGAACUAUUGCACAAAUAUUUCAAAAUUCACCUACAGAAUUCAGUACUCUGGAUACCGGAUGGAACGCCUGGCUCAUUAGUCGUUUUAUCUUACAGCCAAAAACAAACCAUGUUUGAUUCACUGCACUGCUCAACAUUGAUAACCAUUGGCGAGGGAACUAAAAGAAAGAAAGAUAGAUUCUAUCACUUCUACAGAAGAAGAUAUCACUUUAUCAACAAAAGAUGUGUCGUUGAGCAAAAAAUCAAAAAAGCUCUGAAGGAAGCAGAUUUUGACCAGCAUCUAUGACUGUUUUAUAACAUCCUACAGCAGUUGUACCACUUAUGUUCAGAGCAGAUUUUGAUGAAGUUGUUCACUACAAUACAAAACUCCAAAUUUUGUGUAAAUAAGUGUGUGUACUGUGUGUUUGUAUAUGCUUGUAAAUGUUGGAAAUACAUUUUUAGCUGCUGUAGCACUUACGCUCAAAGCAUAUUUUGAUGCAGUUGUUCCCUGUAGUACAAUCCUUCACAUUUUGUGUAAAUACCACAUAUCCUACCUGGUUUGUUUGUUUGAGUUUUUAAGGAAAA